CCAAACAAAAAUGGAGACAGGAGGAGUAGCGACGCCAAGAGUCGCCGUCGUGGUUUUCAUCGUCAAAGGAAACUCAAUCUUAUUAGGAAAACGCCGUUCAUCAAUCGGAGACUCCACCUUCGCUCUCCCCGGCGGCCACCUCGAAUUUGGAGAGAGCUUCGAAGAAUGCGCAGCGAGAGAAGUGAUGGAGGAAACGGGGCUUUUGAUAGAGAAGAUGAAGCUUUUGACUGUAACAAACAACGUUUUCAAGGAAGCUCCGAAGCCUUCUCACUACGUAACUGUUUUCUUGCGCGCGACGGUUGUGGAUCCGGGUCAGGAUCCGGAGAAUUUGGAGCCUGAGAAGUGUGAAGGGUGGGGUUGGUACGAUUGGUUUAGUAAUCUCCCGACGCCUUUGUUCUGGCCGCUUGAGAAAAUGGUUAAAAGCGGUUUUAAUCCGUUUUUGUGAUUAGAUGAUGUAAUCCGAGAGGGCACGAGUUCGAUUCUCUCGGACUGCCCCUCUUAUUUUUCCUUUUUUUAAGGAUAUUUUCUAAUCAUCUAGAGGUGAAUUAAAGACUGUGUGUGUUUUUCUAUGUAAUGGAUUUUAUUUAACUAUGUUUGAUUACAAUAAUAAAGAGUGUACUGCAUAACAUGUUUGUUGAUUUAUCUAUAUUUUGAUUCUACUACUAAAGAUUGCAUUGCAUAACAUGUGUGUUCUAUGUGUUGAGG